AUGGGGGCCGGGGCCAGUGCCGAGGAGAAGCACUCCAGGGAGCUGGAGAAGAAGUUGAAAGAGGACGCGGAGAAGGAUGCUCGGACGGUGAAGCUGCUGCUGCUGGGUGCUGGUGAGUCCGGGAAGAGCACCAUCGUCAAGCAGAUGAAGAUUAUCCACCAGGACGGGUACUCUCUGGAAGAGUGCCUGGAGUUCAUCGCCAUCAUCUAUGGCAAUACGCUACAGUCCAUCUUGGCCAUCGUGCGCGCCAUGACCACACUCAACAUCCAGUACGGAGACUCUGCGCGCCAGGACGACGCCCGCAAGCUGAUGCACAUGGCAGACACCAUCGAGGAAGGCACGAUGCCCAAGGAGAUGUCGGACAUCAUCCAGCGGCUGUGGAAGGACUCGGGUAUCCAGGCCUGCUUCGAGCGCGCCUCCGAGUACCAGCUCAACGACUCGGCGGGCUACUACCUCUCGGACCUGGAGCGCCUGGUGACCCCGGGCUACGUGCCCACCGAGCAGGACGUGCUGCGCUCGCGAGUCAAGACCACCGGCAUCAUCGAGACACAGUUCUCCUUCAAGGACCUCAACUUCCGGAUGUUCGACGUGGGCGGGCAGCGCUCGGAGCGCAAGAAGUGGAUCCAUUGCUUCGAGGGCGUGACCUGCAUCAUCUUCAUCGCGGCGCUCAGCGCCUACGACAUGGUGCUGGUGGAGGACGACGAGGUGAACCGCAUGCACGAGAGCCUGCACCUGUUCAACAGCAUCUGUAACCACCGCUACUUCGCCACCACGUCCAUCGUGCUCUUCCUGAACAAGAAGGACGUCUUCUCCGAGAAGAUCAAGAAGGCCCACCUCAGCAUCUGCUUCCCGGACUACGACGGGCCCAACACCUACGAGGACGCGGGCAACUACAUCAAGGUGCAGUUCCUGGAGCUCAAUAUGCGUCGCGACGUCAAGGAGAUCUACUCCCACAUGACGUGCGCCACCGACACACAGAACGUCAAGUUCGUCUUCGACGCCGUCACCGACAUCAUCAUCAAGGAGAACCUCAAAGACUGCGGCCUCUUCUGAGGUGGGGUCCCCGCCGGCCGGGCUGCCGCCCGCCCCUCCACUGUAGUCCCCAGGCCCCCAGCUCCCCAGCCCACCCUGCUCCCAAACUCCAGCCUCCAGUACUUCCGGGCCGCACCCCCCCCCCCCACAUGGCCUGCGCUCAACCAUCCGGGGUGUCACAGCUUCCGGGGCCACACAGCCUGAACGCAUUCAUUUGAAGCUCAGGGACGCUGACCCCUUCCCUUGUCUUCCCAGAAGCCUGAACGCGAGCCCCGGGACCCUGUAGCUCUAGCCGCCUUGUAGCCUCCAGCCCCCAGAACCCUCCCAGCCCCCCAGGACUGCUGGGCCCCAGCCCGCCGCCUGCCGCCUCACCAACCACAGACUCCAAGCGCUGAGCCCUGCCUCGCCCCAAGUGCAGACCCUCCCUCACGCCCCCAGCCCAGCCCUGUAUCACAGCCUGGUGGCACUGUUCUCUCGGACACACAGCGGCCAGCCCCAGCUGGGACCAGGCAGCACCUGGGGCAACCAGAGCCCGCAGUGACUCAGCAGUGCUGGAAUCACCAAUCUCCUGCAGCGCUCCUGCCCCCUGGGGGCCACCACUCACCUGGUGGGGCUGGGCUCCACACAGACCCCUCCCUCCCCAGGUGGCAGGAGGGCAGGAGGGCAGGGCUGCCCCUCCCCCAGCAGGCCUGCUACUUAGCAGUAGCUGGUCCACUUCUGUGUGGCAAGUUCAGACAGUGACUCUCCCGCCCAGCACUUUCAGGGGUCCAAAGUCCAAGCUAGCUCUGGCCUGUGCAGCCCCUCCAUCCAGAUAAUUGAGUGAGUAGGGGGCAGCCCGGGGAGCCCCAGUAGCCAGGGAGACAUGCCCACUGAGCCUUCCCCUGAGACAGGCUCAGAGGCACCCCCUCCCCACCGGACUCCCCCACCCGCUCUGUCCUUGGACUGGAGACCCACGCCCUACUCACCCACCCACAGAUAGCUUUCGGGGCUGGCAGGCCCAGGGGCUGGUCUGGCGAGGGCCAAUAGUUGAACUACCCUGAGGGGCGGCUGUGGGCAGAGUCCAGCUCCCAUCGAUCGUCCCCAGGCAAAGGAGUGGGAAUAAGACUGAGGCCCAGGCCAUGCCCAAAAGUGUCUAACUCAGGAGGCAGGCACUGCACAAGACCCCAGGUGGUCCUGCUGUACCUGUACUCAGGGCUCAUUCCAAACUGAGGGCCAUGCGUGAGCCGCCAGGGAUGGGGCCCCUGUCCCCCACCUCCCUGCCCCUGCUCUCCUCACCCAGUACCGAGGCUUGCUUCUGUCCAGGGGCCAGGGCCUGUGCCGCGGGCGGGGACACGGAGCUUUUGUCUGCAAGGCCGUGGCACAGUUUGCACUCCCCUUAGCUGCGUGCGCAGAUCCAGCAAUAAAACUUUGCAUCAGG